AUGACAUUGCAGUUUUUGGCGGGGUUAACGUUCAACAAUGUGUUCCAGGCUGCCAGAGGCCUCAAUAACACCGUUCUCAGCGACCGACAUGUCAAGACAGAUUUACAAGGGAAAUGGGUGAUCAUCUCUGGCUCCAACAAUGGGGUUGGACUAGAGGCGGCCAAGUCAUUCGCGGAGUGGGGAGCGAACCUGAUCCUGGCCUGCCGCGAUCCACCUGAGGGACUCGGCGAACUUCAUCCCACAGCAGCCGUGAAAGAGUGCAAGCGUCUUGCUGAGGCACAGGGUCAUAUUUCAGUCAUACAAUGGUGGAAGAUAGAUAUGGCGGAUAUCGAAAGUGUUGAGGCCUUUUGCGAAAGAUGGUUGAAGAGUGACCGCAGUCUAGAUAUCUUGUGCAACAAUGCAGGAACCCCAUCAACCGCUAAUACUCGAAUGACGAAGGAUGGGUUCCAGCUAGUUCACCAGGUCAACUUCUUAUCUCAUGUGUUACUUACUCUCCGACUCCUACCCUCUCUAGGGCGCAGUUCAGAUCCCCGAAUCGUGUGUACCACAUCAUGCGUCCAUCACUUCGGUGUCUUCGAUCUCGAUCAUUUCAAUGGUGGCCAAGAAAUGAGAGGAAACGAUUACCACAACAACAAGCUAUAUUUUCAGAUGUGGCUCGCAGAGCUACAGUUCCGUUGCCUAAAGCACCCGGAGUACUCCCAUAUCAGAAUCAACGGAGUCCAUCCCGGUUCUGUCGCUUCGGGUAUCUGGCACACAAACGACUCGAAGAGCAAUGACAUCUCGACGCGAGCUCUUGCAUUAUUCUUACGUUAUGUCGCUAUCACUCCGCAACAAGGUAGUCUGGCAAUUACAAAUGCGGCAAUUAGCCCGGAGUGUGGGCGAACUGGUGGUGGAAAAUAUUUCAAUCGCAUUUGGGAAGCGCCGCCACAUUCCCUUUGUCAAGACUCAGAUGCUCGGUCCAAGUUGUGGAUCAAGCUGGAUCAGGUCCUCCAUCUCCGGGAAAAAGGUCUUCUUGAUGUUCUCGCUCUUUGA